AACUUGAUAAGAUUUCUCUUUUUCUCGAAACCGAAUACGUUCAUAAACGUUGAUUUUAACGUAUCUUGCUUUUAUGGAAAUUGUGUUUUUGCGUGAGAAUAUUGGUCUUCAACUAAGUUACAUAUAUUUAGAGAAAUUUUAGAUUGCCGCGACAAAAAGAUCAAAAGGAGAUGAGACUUACAUUUAUAUUGCUGUCCAUUUUCGUGUUCUCUGGACUCGUUUCAGGGACCGAAAAUUAUCCGGAUGCAUAUGACAAUGUAGACGUAAAUGCAGUUCUUAAUAGUGAUCGUCUUCUACAUCAAUAUAUGGAUUGUAUUCUCGAAAAAGGUUCCUGCACCGCCGAUGCACGCAGCCUUAAACGUGAGCUUCCAGAGGCGAUAGCAACAGCUUGCGAAAAAUGCAAUUUAAAGCAGAGACAAGGAGCAAGAAAAAUAAGCAAUUAUUUGAAAGAGCAAAAACCAGAACUCUGGGCGGCAUUUCUUGAAAAAUAUGAUCCCAAUAAAGAGUAUAUUGCAAAUUUCGAAGAAUUUCUAGCACAAGUAGAAGAAUAAUUUUUAUUUUAUUAAUAUUUUUUAAUAUAUAUGUAUAUUACAAUAAAUAAUUCUGUUUUCUCACGAUAUCGAUAAAUCGAUAUCAUGUGUUUAACAUAUGAGUACAUUAAACGUCCGCGUACAAUAAAUAUAUCUAUAUGUAAUGCUGUAUGUCUGUCUUAAAAGUAUCUUCGUCCAAUAAAGUUAUAAUUCCAAGUUUCUCAUAAA